AUGUAUGAGAAGUUAUUGCAGGCAUUUUUAUCUGUGUUGUUUUAUUUCACCUUUUUUCGCUUUAUAGACGGUCUAGGACGACCUUGGGCUCAGCGAUGCUUUCAAGCCGCAGCAUUGCAUCGUCGUGGAUUAUGUGGUCCAGCGGUGAAGCUGCUGAUGCUGCAAUAUGGAAUCAAUGAGAAGGAUGUGAAAGCAACUGGCCCGAAGCACAACAUUUUGAAAGGUGACGUUAUGGGUGUAAUCAAAGCCGGUAAUCUCAAGCCCGUUGUUUUCAAAGUGGGUCCACCUCCGCAACCCGCUCCUUCUUCUGCUAAACCUCAAAAGGCUGCCGCUCCUGCAGGUCCCGUCGGGUCUGUUCGACAUGUGGACCCGUUUGUUGAUAUUCCUCUCUCUAAUCAAUCAAUCCCUCAUGAAUAUCAGUCUGCGGAUAUUCGCGCAGAUGCAAUCCUCGCUAUUCAAGCAGAUCUACGCGCAAAAGAUGUGGCUGUAUCGAUCAAUGAUUUUCUCAUCAAGGCCGCUGCACUUGCACUUCGGGCUGUUCCUGAAGUAAAUGUGCGUUAUGCAAAUGAACAAGUACAGUAUAUGCCGACAGUCGAUAUCUCUGUCGCUGUUGCCACUCCUAACGGACUUAUCACUCCCAUAGUCUUUUCAGCCGACAUUAUGGGAGUACAGGACAUAUCGGCUAGAGUUAGGGAAUUGGCUGCGCGAGCACGCGAGAACAAGCUUCAGCCCCAAGAAUUCCAGGGUGGAACUUUCACGUGA